UGAAGCUGGAGUAUUUAAGCUGUAGGAGGUGAUUGCUGAUGAGACACAGGUGAAUAAGUGUGCCCUGAGUUCAGCACCAGGAAGCCACGCCCCGCCCCUGCAACACAGCGAGAACAAAGAAAAACACCAAGCAUGCACACAGACUGUCACAAGCACUCCACAAAACAAACAAGGCACCACAGAAAACAUUGCUUGUCUAAAAAUAUAAGUGAGACUGUUAAAUGCAUAGUCUAACUGUCAGGGAUUUUGAGGCUGAUAAUUAUAUGUAUAUUUGAAAGUUUAAAGAAAAAAAAUCAAAUAUUUUGGUCGAUGGAUUUUGAAGUCUUGAGUGAGUCAGAUCUCACCGCAGACGACCGCAACUAUAUCAUGUGACAACAGCACGUGACCGGGUUCAAAGUUGAAAGUCAACCAACACUGCGACUCCUCAGCAUGGCGGUCCAAGUGGGACACAGAGCCCUGCUACAAGCGCUCCGCGGGCAGGCGUCUGGCCGGGACGCCGUGCGCCGGCUGGCGGCGGCCUUCACGGGCUGCGGACACUAUGGUCUCUCCGGUCAAGUGUCGGCCUCCUCGCGCCUUAGCGCCCUCGGAGCACGGACACGACACUACAGCUCCGACUCCAAGGAGGACCUGCGAGUCCGACACCUGGACGGAGAGGACGCCGGUAUCGUUGUUGUUGGGAUAAAUCGACCUAAAGCAAAAAAUGCCAUCAGCAAAAAUCUGGUCAAACUGAUGUUUGAGACUGUGGAGGACAUCAAGAAGAAUAACAAAGUGCGCAGCGUCAUUAUAUGCAGUUUGGUUCCUGGCAUCUUCUGUGCAGGUGCAGACCUGAAGGAGAGGGCCAAGAUGCACCAGAGUGAAGUGGGACCGUUUGUUUCCAAAGCAAGAGCUCUCAUCACAGAGCUCGGUAACCUGCCCGUACCAACCAUUGCUGCCAUCGAUGGAGCUGCUUUAGGAGGAGGCUUGGAGAUGGCCCUGGCUUGUGACAUCAGAAUCGCCUCCAACACUGCCAAAAUGGGACUAGUUGAGACCAAACUUGCAAUCAUUCCUGGAGCAGGUGGCACACAGCGUCUACCCAGGGUGAUCGGAGUCUCUCAGGCCAAGGAGCUGAUCUUUGCUGCACGGGCGGUGGAUGGAGCAGAGGCGUGUCGCCUGGGUCUGGUCAAUCAUUCUGUGGAGCAGAACAAGAGCGGAGAUGCUGCUUACCUGCGGGCUCUGGAGCUCGCCCGCGAAAUCAACCCUCAGGGUCCCAUUGCAGUCAGGAUGGCCAAACUGGCAAUCAACCAGGGAAUAGAGGUGGAUUUAGCUACAGGUCUGGCUAUUGAAGAAGCAUGCUAUGCCCAGGUGAUACCAACGAAAGAUCGAUUGGAGGGUCUGGCUGCGUUCAAGGAGAAGAGGCAUCCCAACUACAAAGGAGAGUGAAGCCACGCUCCUUCUACAAACCGUCCCAGAGUUCUGCCUCCAGUUCUUCAGUUCCACUGCUUCCCACAUAUUUCCGGGUGAAACUGUGCUCGUCGACACAUCAACCUGUACAGCACCCAGAGGACACCCGCUUGACCGCAGGUCAUCAGGGUCGCUCCUGGCUCAUGUUUCUGCCGGUGACAUGAAUGUUCAAGUGGAAAGCACUUGCAGGGUGUGUCACCUACCACUAAGCAAACUAACCAGUCAUUGGCCUCUGCUAACAACACUUACUACUUACCCAAUUAACUUCAAACUGCAGUCUCAAACAUGAAUUAGUGUAAUUGGUUUAUGCAGUCUGCACACUGAUUGGCAGUUGGUCCCCAACCUUCCUGACUAAUGAACCGAUCCAAGAGCCAUUUCUGUGAGUGCUUCACAUGAACGAUGCAUCAGAAGGUUUAUUGCUUUUUACUUAGGUAGAGAUUAACUCCUGGGUUCACAACACUGAACAACACCAGAGGAGUUUGCAUGAAAUCAUAACGUAGACUGUUUUUUUUUUUGCCUUUAAAUAAAGUCCAGAGGGUGGUAUUUACAUUUUGAGACUGAUGUGUAAAAUUUGACGGUAUCUGACUUUGGUGCCUCUGCCUCCCUGUGCUGAUAACAAAAACAAAACAUAGCCUAAAUCAAGUGUGAUGAGAAUAGUUUAAUUUUUCCACAAAAAUAGUGUUUAUGCCAUCAAAAAAAUUUACAUGCUAUAAUGAAAGAAAAACACAGUAGACAUUGUGGCUUUUAGGGCUUCCAAGCAGUUCUCCCAAAUGUUAUUCUGCCUCAUUUGAUUGGUUAACCCUUUAAAACCUGGAUCCACAUCACUUGCACUCAGACACCUUUC